AUAAUCAAUGGCUUCAAGUCUUGUGCCGUUUAUACCGUGGUCACAGGACAGGAUGAGAGUUUUAGUUCGAUCACCGGUCUCAACGAUAGUGGAAAGUCAAAUAUCCUCGAUGCGAUAUGCUUCGUUCUCGGAACGCAAAAUCUAGAGGACCUGAUAUGUGACUGUGCUGAAGUUGUUGUCAUAAAAGCCAGCGUCAUAAUUGUUCUUCACAAUUGGGAAGCUAAGGAGUCGCCGAUCGGAUUUGAAGAAUAUGCCACCAUCAGCAUGAUACGAAACGUCGUCCUUGGAGGAACAUCCAAGUACCUCAUCAACGGACACCGCGCUCACCAA